AUGUUGAUAAUUUCAAAGCAAUACUUAGUAUUCUGUUUUUUACUCCCAGUAGUGUUGGGUUUGGAUAUAACGUCAAACACCGUUGAUAGAGGCGCCGUAAGUUUUAAUGUUGGAGAUAUCACUGUUCACUCUGGCGCUUAUUGGUCUAUUAUUAAUAAUGCUGUUUCCGCAUUUGUUUCAAGUUUAAACGUGCAGUCUAAUGCUGGGCUAUUUAUUUCAAGUACUUCACCAUUACUUUCGUUACAAGUUACGUUGUUGGGAUUGUUGAAUUCCAUCACCAACAACGGUAUCAUUUCAUUCAAUUCACUUGCUUCCUUAACCUCCUCAAACUACAAUCUUAUUGGAUUAUCAUUUGAGAACAAUGGAGAAAUGUACUUGGGUGCAUCAGGGGUUGUAGCCAGCAACAUGGGUAUCACUGCCGCCAGCUGGAAGAAUACUGGUUUACUUGUAUUUUAUCAAAAUCAAAGAAAUGAAGGUUACGUCAACUUAGGAACUGCUUUAGGAGCAAUUAGCAACAACGGUCAAAUUUGUUUCCAUAACGAAGUAUAUCAACAGACAACUACAAUUGCUGGUACUGGAUGCAUUACUGCUGAUGCUGACUCGAGCAUUUACAUUACCAACGCGGCUUUGUCUGUCUCAACGGGACAAACGUUUUAUUUGGCAGACGGUAAAUCGUCCAUGAUUGUGCAAGCAUUAUCCACACCACAAACUUUCAACGUACGUAACUUUGGACAAGUCAAUGGGGUUGCUAAUAAGAUUGGUUUAACAAUUCCACUUUUCGCGUUAAUUGGUAAUCCGUGGUCGUACAAUUCAGCCACAGGUGUUUUAACUUUAAAAGGUGCUGGGUUGUUACUGCAAUAUUUUAAUAUUGGUACUGGGUAUGAUUCUUCUAAGUUCCAAGUUGUGACUGAUAAUGGUGCCGGUUUACCGUCUACGCUUUUAGGCUCAAUUCAAUACAACGGGCCAGUCCCAAAUCCUGGUUUGCCAAGUCAGUGCCGUGUUUGUAAAUCGCUACCACAAAUUCCCGGCGCACAACCAACUGAAUACACGACCACGAUCACCACAACUAGUGAUGGACAUACAUUGACGGAAACUGGAAUUGUUGACAUCACAACAGAUACCGCUGGAUCAUGGUACACAACAACAUCUAUAUUUACUACAGCAUCAACUUUCACGACUGAGUACACCACCACUGGUACUACUACGAAGGACGACGGAUCAGUAGAAACCGACUCAGGAAUCGUGUCUCAAUCGGGCGACUCGUUGACCACGAUCACCACGUUCCCACCAGGAAGUGUCGCAGGUGAUGUUACUACUGAGUACACCACGACAUGGACUACCACCAAGGACGAUGGAUCAUUAGAAACCGACUCAGGAAUCGUGUCUCAAUCGGGUGACUCGUUGACCACGAUCACCACGUUCCCACCAGGAAGUGUUGCAGGUGAUGUUACUACUGAGUACACCACGACAUGGACUACCACCAAGGACGACGGAUCAGUAGAAACCGACUCGGGAAUCGUGUCUCAAUCAGGCGACUCGUUGACCACGAUCACCACGUUCCCACCAGGAAGUGUUGCAGGUGAUGUUACUAUGACGUUGACUUCGAAUUUUUUGCCAGAUGCUGAGAAUAGUUUCGUUGAGGAGUUUAGUACAACAGUUUAUUCUUCUUUAUCGAUUGAGACCGUGUUGACUGGUAUCCCAACUGAGCAACUCCCUACGGGAGCUGAGUCUGUGGCACCAAGUGGUUCUUCAGGUAUGAAUCAAUGGAUGGGUUCACCUAUUAAUGCUCAAACUGAGCAAUCAUGUGAGGUAGGAAGUGCAGAAACUGUAACUAAUAGUGGUGAAACUGCUCUGGAUAGAGGUGUGCUGACAACUAGUGGGGAGAUGGCAGGCUCAUCUCCAACGGAUGGACCUGUUGCCAUUUCGGACGCUGCAUCAAUUCAGGGUGGAUCAGAGCUACCAUACGAAAGCCAUACAAGUGGCAUGACUACAUUGACAGAACACACAAGUGGUCUUCACUCAACUGCGGUUGCUAUUACAACAUAUUUAGGGGCAGGAACAUUUGUCAGAUACCCAUCACUUAUGUGUGCUUUUGCUUCGUUAGUUUUUGUUUUAUUUUAG